AUGGACUUGUCUAACUGUACAGAGGGGGUCUUCUCCCUGGGUGGGGGGGAUGAGGGUGAGGGAGGGGAGGAGGGUUCUAUAACCUCACCAAGUAAAAUACUCCUCACCCUCACCCUGUCCCUGCUCGCUGUCAUGACAACGGCCAUCAACUCCCUGGUGAUCACAGCCAUCAUUGUAACCAGGAAGUUACAUCACCCGGCCAACUACCUGAUCUGCUCUCUGGCGGUGACGGACCUGCUGGUGGCCAUUUUGGUCAUGCCCUUCAGUAUCCUCUACAUACAGAGGGAGAGCUGGGUGAUGGGCGAGGCUGUGUGUUAUGUGUGGCUGAGUGUUGACAUCACCUGCUGCACCUGUUCCAUCCUCCACCUGGCAGCCAUCGCUCUAGACCGCUACUGGGCCAUUACUGACGCAGUGGAGUACUCACGCAAACGCACCGGCCUCCGAGCUGGGAUCACUGUCGCUGUCGUCUGGUUCCUGUCCGUCCUCAUAUCCCUUCCCCCUCUGCUGUGGAGGAAUCAUGGUGGCGGGCCAGAGGAGGACCAGUGUCUGAUAACGCACCACCACAUUGCCUUUACCCUCUACUCCACCCUGGGAGCCUUCUAUUUUCCCCUGCUCCUCAUCCUCAUCCUCUACUAUAAGAUCUACAGAGCAGCUCAGACUCUGUACCUCCGCAGGGGGGCCAGCAGAGCCAGCCAACAUUCCUCCAUGGUCAAUGGAAUCACCCUCCCCUCCUGCCCCACUGACGGAGACACCCUGAACCCCCCGGAAAAGUCCUACUCAGAGCCUUCCACGGAGGGCGACCGCGUGCGCAUCACCGUAAAAAAUCCCCAGAGCGAGUCGAGGCGGGAGCGUGAGUGUUCGUUGAGACGGCAGCGUAUCUCAGGGACCAGGGAGCGGCGCGCUGCAUCUACGUUAGGGCUGAUACUGGGGGCCUUUGUGGUCUGCUGGAUGCCUUUCUUCCUGAAGGAGGUGAUCGUCAACACGUGUGGCUCCUGCAACACCUCCAUAGAGCUGGCUGACUUCCUCACCUGGCUGGGGUACCUAAACUCCCUUAUCAACCCUCUCAUCUACACUAUCUUCAACGAAGACUUUAAGAAGGCCUUCCAGAGACUGUUCAGGUGUAGUCAUCGCCUCUGACACGGACAGAGAGGACACAAAUUUGUAUUUUAUUUAUUUAGACGCAAAAACAAUA